AUGGCAAAACGAACCCUCGAAUCCUUCUUUAAACCAGUCUCCCCGCCGUCAACCGAGAAGCGGAUCAAAAUCGACGACUCGGCGCGUCAAUCACAAUCUCAAGCACAAUUUGAACCCCAACCCGACCUAGCACAGGACAAUGUCGAACCAAGCACUCACCCAACAUACCCAAUUCCAAUCCCACAACUCCCCUCCCAUAUCGACGUCGGGGUAGUACACGGUACACCAGCCCGAGAACCACAAAACAUAACCAACCAACCCCACCUCGACCUGCUAUAUUUCCAACCUUAUCUCUCCCGACAAACAGCAAACGAGCUCUUCAAAUUCCUCCGCCGCGAACUCCCCUUCUACCGAGUACAAUACUCCAUAAAAAGAGGCGGAGUCGAAACCUCCGUCAACACGCCCCGAUUUACCACUGUAUUCGGGGUUGAUGAUACGGCACGCUUUGUGAGGACAGGUUGUCCAGAUUCCAAGGACAAGGAUGAGAAAAGUUUACACGGGCACGAGCACGAGCUAAAGCUGAUCAAUGCGCAAACGAAAGCACCUGUAUCUGCGAGACAAUAUCAAUACGAUCCGCGACCUAUCCCUGCGUGUCUCGAUGUUUUACGGCAGCGGGUUGAAGCGGCAACGGGUGCGAGAUAUAAUUUCUGUUUGGUGAAUUACUACGCCAGUGGAGAGGAUAGUAUAUCGUUUCACUCGGAUGAUGAACGGUUCCUGGGUGAUCAGCCGAAUAUUGCAUCGUUGUCGUUGGGCGGAGAGAGGGAAUUUGUGAUGAAGCAUAAACCUCCCCCUCCAACUGCCAAGUGUGGUAGCAUUGGCAUUAGGACUGGUGGGAUGAGAAAUAUGGAUGUUUCGGAUAGUGGUGGUACAGCAACGAAGCCGAGUCAAACAGCUGGUACGACCAAUUCUCAACAUUGGGUUGCACCAUCACAUGGGCAGAUGCAACAGCAGAUCAAAAUGCCGCUCGCUUCGGGCGAUAUGGUUGUCAUGCGGGGUGAUACACAGUCCCAUUGGUUGCAUAGUAUACCGAAACGAAGGGGACGAGCGGGGGAUGCGGUGCGGGGACGGAUUAAUAUCACCUUUCGAAAGGCGGUUGUGCCUGCAGGGACGAAUAAUUAUUAUCAUUAUAAUGUUGGGAGUGGACCUGUUUAUCGGUGGGACGAGGGGAGGGGGGUUAUGGUGAAGUCUGGUGAAUCAUAA